GAAAGUGAAAUCACGUGUCUCACUGUAGAAAGUUUGACAAGUUGGUCGACAUAAGUACUCUGUUUUCCCGCUAUCGAAAACCUUGAAUGUCAUUCUCUUGUGUCUUUUUCUUCGGUUAAUAACAACCUCGCAAUCUCACCUGGAAUCGAAGUCUUCUCCGUUAGCGACAAUAUAAAAUCACACCAAAAAAACAUGGAACUCGUGCAGAAAAUCAUGUCGGGGUUUAGUCUGGACUUGGGACCCGUGAAAGAGCCACUGGGAUUUAUCCGAAUCCUGGAGUGGGUAUUCACCAUUUGUGCCUUUGCCACCACUGGUGGUUAUGUUGGAUCCACUGAGUUAAUCAUUGAUUGUGGAGCUAAAAAAGAAGACAUUAUUGCUCAUUUUGGAUAUCCUUUUAGGCUCCCGAGUCAGUCAUAUGACGUUCCUCACUGCAAUCAGACCAAGAACGUGACUUACCUGCAGGGGGAUUUCUCCUCCUCGGCCGAGUUCUUCGUCUCAGUGGGUGUCUUGGGCUUCUUGUACUGUACUUUCACCCUCAUCCUGUACUUGGGCUACCAGCAGGUUUACAGGGAGUCUAACCGUGGCCCGACCAUUGAUCUGAUUGUGACCGGGAUCUUUGCUUUCUUGUGGCUGGUUUGCUCCUCAGCCUGGGGAAAAGGUUUAACCGAUGUCAAAUAUGCUACGGAUGCUGACAGGCUAAUAAGCGUUUGUCUGCCUGAUAAGUGUGUGGUCAAGAGCUACGCUUCAAUGGGUCGUCUCAACUCCUCUGUGCUCUUUGGAUUCCUAAACCUGAUAUUGUGGGCAGGAAACUGCUGGUUCAUCUACAAGGAGACUCCGUUUCAUAAGCCGGCCAAUCCCCCGCCCAGCGUAGAGGGAGGAGUUUCCACCUCCUAAUUAGACAAGACGGGCUCCUUCCUCUCCUCUCCACUCGUUCAUAAAGCAGAGGAAAGAAACUACACUUUGAUGUGCAAAAGCUUUGUUUCUAGCAUCAUGCGUCACAGUUCAUUACAUUAGAAAUUCAUCAUUUCUUCAUGGAUUUUUGUUUAUUUUGGUGUUUAUUUAAUGGCUCUGGUCAGAAGCUAAUUUUGUCACGCAGGUAAAAAAAAAGAAACCAAAUUAUUUAUCAGAUCAGUAUCAUUUCAGUUACAACUUAGAAUAAACUUGUUCUAUGUUAUUGAUGGUUUUCAUUUGAAUUAAUUUGAUAUAAAGUUGACCUGCAUUUCAGUAACUCUAAAUGUCCACUACAAUCAGACCUUAUGAGAAGCAGACAUCGCAUUUGAAAGCUCUUAUGCAAAACAUCUCUGAGCAUUUAAAAUACUAGCACACUAAUAUCUAGCUCCAGACAUUUAAAGCUCGUCUUUGCUUGUAGUUUUAAAAAAAAACUAUUUAUUGGUUUAAGUGCCUUUUCAUUUACGUUCAUAAUAGAAUGUUUUUCCACAGCCACAUCUGAGUCACCUUACAUUUGUCAGGGAAGGAUAAACUAAAAAAAUCAGUCUUAGUUUCAGCCAUAAAGCCUCUGAUAUUUCGUCUGUAACCUUUAUUUUAAAUGUUUGUGUGAAUUCUCUGAGUUGACUCCUUUUGAAGUGGUAUUUGGUAAUAAAUUACUACGCCAAAGGCCAUAUUUCAUUUUCUAUCAGGAAAAAUGUUAACUAUUCAACACUAGUCAUUGUUCAACAGAAGGAAACACUUGUUUGAUUGUUUUUCUACUGUUUGGUAAUGUAGUAAUGUUGUCAAUGUUUGUAUUUGGCUGUUAUUAGAUGUGGCACUGUAAAUGAAGCGUCUGUAUCACAUGGGUUGAUGUUUAUAUUUACAGAAAGAACACUUAAUUUUGUGCAUCUGUGGCCUUCUGUUUUACCAUCUUACUUUUUACAGAAAUAAAUGUUUUGUGGGGGAUUGCAUUCAGUUGAAUUAAAAAAAAAAAUAGUAUAAUUGUUCAACAACAGUGUUUGUCUGUGGGCAUUUUAUGUUCUGUUAAAAAUGUAUUAUUUGUUUCAGUCUGAAUCGGCAGUUUUGUUUUUUGUUAUAUCCUCAAGUAGUUGUUUUAAUCAUAAGAUGAAACUUUCAAAUGAAUGAAUAUUCAAGGCCACAUCUAAACUUUUUAAUCAACAUAGCUGUAAAAGGUAGGUAAAGGUAAACACAUUAAAUUAUUAAUAUAAAUUGUUAAAAGAAAGUAGUUGGGGUGUAUUUGUGAUUAAAGAAGGAAAAAAGUGAAAAGUGCCAUUUAAAAAUCUUUCCUUGGGUCACAUAUUGAUUUUUUUUUUUUUUUUUUUUUUUGUCCUGGAGCAAUCCUCAAUUUUGGUUGUGACUUUUGGAAAAUAUAGCCUUCAUAUUUGUGUUUGUGUGUGUGUGUUUUAUAUCUCUAUGCUACGUUCAGAAGGAAAAUCUCCAUAAAGGCUGUUUGCAGUUUUGGUUAGUAUUAAAAGAGGAGAGCUGUGUA